UCUCUCCCUCUCUCCCUCUCCCUCUGUCUCUCAAAUAAAUAAAUACAUCUUAAAAAAAAGGAUUUCUAGACAUCAUGGUGAAAACAUCUUCAGAUGAGUGAGGACAAGCAGUGGUAAUCUGACAGAAUCCUUUCUUACAGUGUGAAUGUCUCUAGCGAUCUCUCUGAGGGGUGCACAUAGUGAUGGGAAUAAAACCUGUUUGUACAUGAAAAAAAAAAAAAAGAGGAUUUGGAGGUAAGAGCACCUGAAGGGUCCAGUGUGCUGGGGACAAAGAGCCGCUGCCGAUAGAAACAGGGAAGGACCAGCCAUUUGCAUCAGGUUGCACUGGUAAUGGGCCUAUGGAGGGUCCCGCAGGGGAGCUAGAGAGGAACAGGGGCCAAUUGUAGACCAGGAGUGGGUAAAGGGGAGAGUGGGUGGGGGAGAUACCCCAGAUGCGGUUUUGGGAUUCAUUUUAUUUUACCCAGAGUAAGGGGGACCCUUCACAGGCUGACCAUUAACUGAGGAGAUUGGGCCUAAGGAUGGGGGGCUAUCCAGGGCACCCACCCCCACGCCACUCUUACACUCCAUCCUUUCUCUCUUAUUUCUUUCUGAGGUCGACUUACCACUGUCUCAUUGGGAAAUGGUUGGUAGGAGCACCCAUCCCACUGCCUUCCAGAAUAUGGAGGCCCAGAAGUUGGUCCAGGCACAAUGUCCAGCGGAUUUGAGGAAGUCACAAGAGUUGUGGUCCAAGAGGUAGAUCCUGGAGGGAAUGUGAUUGCUGUCGGAAGCAUCCUUGACGCUGACAGGUUUCACUGCUAUUCUCUGGUGAGGGGGAGGAGAAAUUUCUAGGGAUGCCAGUACCACAGGAUAGACCUCACCCAAGAGGACAUACUGGAGAGAGGGGAGGGUGAAGGGCUGUUUGAUAAACUGGGUUCUGGGCCCCAAGCCUUCUCUUUCCAGAGAACUCCAAAGGCUGAGUUCCAAGUUCUGGACAUGGUAGACUCAAAGGGAAUGUUGAGAGUGAAAUUACCCAAAGAAAUAACAAUUGUAGGGGCCUUCCUAGUCAAGAUACUGGAGACCCGGAUACCCCAACAAUAUCUGGAUUCCCUUGAGCAUAGGGAGGCUGGAGUUGGGCAGCAUGUGGAGGGAGAGGGGGAAUACCCGUUUUGGGGCACCAAGGGCGUUUGGAAGUCCUUGAGUUUAGAAGAUUUCAGAAACGUGAAGGAGGAGGACAUGGCGUUGGAGGUCCUGAUCUCUGGUGACCUACAGAUGGAGGGUCUAGCAGGUCUUCUCAUGAGUACCUUUUUUAAUGCUGCUGGGUUCUUGGUAAAGGCACCAUUGGGAUCCAUUCUGGAUAUCUUGGAUGCUUUGAUUAAGCUGUCUGAGGAGCAGCAUCGUGUGUCUGAGGCCCUAGAGAGGGGGACUCUGCCCCUGCUGACCCUGCCCCUGCUGAAGCACCAGGUAGAAUCUGUCCUGGAGCAGAACUAAAAUGAACAGCCCCGUGAUGUGGGCUGAGACCGUGACACACGACUUCUCUGUGCCCUCUGUGUUGCUCUCUCCCUCCUGCUGCAGCUGGGUGAGAAGCUGACCUCCGUGCCUUCCUAACUGUAUGUUAGCCCUUAAACCAUUCUCCUCUCAAGCCUCUCGGGGCUCCCCUCCCAGGCCAUCCCUGUUCCCCACCCCCAGUCACCGGAAUGCUAUCUUUAUAACAAACAGCCGACUAUUCUUCAAUAUAUCACGUUCCCUACAUGAGAAUGUCCAAAAAUCAACCCGGAUUAUAUGCAUGAGCUUCUGACUAAAAGUGGCAGAUUGGUCAUAUUAAUUUUCUCUCCCUCUUGAAACCUCACUAAAUAAAGUAAAGCAAUAGGAAAGAUGUAAACCCACAAUGAUAAAGAGAAUGAGGCAGCAGAUAAGAGAUUCUGACACAUCUUUGGAAACUAGAAGGCAAUUAAAGGCAUUCAAGCCAGGAGGUGUGGGCCUGAGAGGAACAGGAGCGUGGGAGGAGACUGCUGUUCCCUCAUCAUGAACCUUUUAUCUUUAAUAUUUUUUAAGACGAGGUAAUUAAAAGUAAAAGAAAUAUAUGCUUGUUGUAAAGUAUUUCACAUACUCCUCAUGGUCAAAGGUGAUCUCCCCUUUUUCUUCUGAUAUAACCACUGCUGACAUUUUUUGGGCGACUUUAACAGUCUUCCUGUGAAGCAGUGUCUACAAUGGUAAUUUAAACACGAAGCUAGGAUGAUAUAACAAAUUUGAUUUCUAUCUUUGGUACUUGAGUUGUUUUUUCUUUUAGAUUGGUAAAAAUACUAUAUGCAACAGGAAUUCUCAUAAGUGCUGUUGGGAGUGAACUGCUUUAGUGAACUGUUUGACAGUGUCUACUAAAGCUAAACGCGUGCCUGCGAGCCGGCCCCCCCACAUGCCUGCGAGCCGGCCCCUCCACUUCCUAGGCACAUACCAAAGAGGAAGCGGUGUGCAUCUCCGCCUAAAGACACGCAUAUACAAAAACAUGAGCGUAAGAGCCCCAAGCUGAACACUACUCAAAUGUCCGGUGACUUUAGGAUGGAUACAUAUAUUGUGGCAUAUUUAUGCAAGAAGAGAGAGCAAGUUACUGCUACACAUAACAAUAUAGAUGACUUUCACAGACACAGUGCUGAGCAAAUCACUCUAGACACAAAAGAACAUAUUUGAAUUCUCUGAGGAGCAGAUGACAAAAUAGAAUUGGAUGCGCAAACGUCAUAGUAAUGGAAGCGACUGUGAAGAAUAAAGGGAGAGGGAGGAGGAAUGGCAAGCCUUCGACGAAGGUCUAAAACCUAAGAAAGGAGAGAAGGAGGGCAGUUCCGAGAGUCUCUUUGCUCAGCCCUGAGUCCCCAUCAGGCAGGACUGGCCAGGCUCUAAUGUCCACGCCUUUGGCUGGAAGCAGCCCAGGGAAGCCUGGUCUCAGGAGGGAGAUGUACAAGGGAGCAGACAGAGCUUCUUAGUCAGCUAUGCUUCCUGCAGCAGGUUCCCCUAAAGAAAAUCCUCCCUGGCCACCAAAAUACUGUAUGAUCCCAUUAUAUGAGGCUCAAGAGCAGGGAAAAACUAAGCAAUGGUGGUAGAACUCAAAAUAGUGGUUAUCUUAGUGGAAUAGUCUUAACUGAGAAGAGGCAUGAGGGAAUCUUCUAGGAUGCUGGAAAUAUAUAAAGAUUUGUUGUGCUAACAUUUAUGAUCUGUAUACUUCACUAUAUUUUACAUCAAUUAAAAAAAGUUUAUAAAAAGUACAUAGUAUAUAAUUCCAUGUAAAUGAAGUGAAAACCGAGCAAAACUAAAUGAUAGUGGUAGAACUCAGAAUAGUGGGGGCAGUAUUGGCUUGGAAGGGGCAUGAGGGAAUCUUCUGGGGCAUUGGAAAUAUUUUAUGACUUGAUCAGGAUAGUGGUUAUGUGGAUGUUUACAUGUAUAUAAAUCUAAUAAGACAUACAUUUAAGAUCUGGGCACUUUAAGUUUGUUUUUAACUUCAUCUUACUGCAAGUUUUUUUUAACCUCAAUAAAAAAUUUAAUUUAAAAACAUUGAUUACACAUGAAAACAUACUUGAACAAAAAAUAAUAUAAAAAAUUUAAAACUUCCUAUCAAAUCCCUUUACCCUUUGACAUGGUCCUACUUUCUUUAGUCACUAAACUUUAGAUUUUGUUAUUAUUUAGUUUUAGUUUUUGUUAUU